AAUAAGUAGCUAGCAGUGUAUCCACCUGCCCUAUGAUUACCGACCACUCAUAUGUGGAUAGUUUGUUUCUGGUAUUUCUAUAAAUAAAUCGCCCACAGUAUACUAGGUUUAGAUUAUACAACUCACAAAAAGUGUCUUUUAGCCUUAGCUUAUAGUUAUAAUAUCCAAGGAUGAAGUUGAACGCAAGCUGCAUGUUGCAGUUCUUGCUCUUUACACAGUACAAAUCGACGUUUCUUUGUCGGGAGGUGGCUGUGUCACUUCCGUUGCUCCUCCUGUUGGUGCUGUUCUACGAAUUCGGGGGGACAACUGCUAUUGGAGCAUCCACGACCAGUAUUUACGGUGAGCUACCGGCGUUUAACAUGAACGAGCAGGUUCACCGUGCCGCGAUCAUCUGGCCUCAGACGAAGAAGCAAGUGAGGAAGUUUUCUGAUAUCGCCAUCGCACCCGCCAUAUGCAUUGCAAAAGUAUCGUAAUCGUACUAGUAUAAAUCGCAUGACAGGUUUUCAAGAAGUAGAAAAUUGGAAUUUGUAAUGCAGAGUCAGGUAGAGAACCAUUUGUCAUGCAUACCUGCAAUUCAUACGUUGCGAGUGCGAUACUUUUGCAAUGGAUACGCCAACGUGGAGGACGACGAGGAGUCGGAGAGGUCGUACUCUCAGAAGCUUCUGGGGUUCAAAGAUCCGGAUCUCCUCUGCGGGAUCACAUCGGAGAGGCAAGCGCAGGCGGACUUUUGUUUCUGGUUCGACCGUGAGAUGUACACAGAAAAAGAACAAACCUCGGACGAACAAAUCUUAAACCAAUGGGAGGACGAAGAAGAUGAAGACAGGAAAAAAAAAAGAAAAGCACAUGACAAGAAGAACGGAAACAAGAAAGUGAAAGGAAGAAAAGCGGAGAAAAGAAACGGGAAAACCAAAGUUGCGCAAAACCCUGUGGAUGACACACCGGACCGGAACUACGUCGCGGAAGCCAUGGCUGCUCGGUUGCCGUGGUCCGAGAAGAAGAAAGCGAGCGUGCCGCACGAUAUGAUCAUCCACGGGCCCGUGUUGCUCGUCUUCAGUCCAACGAUGCAAACCAAUGGGAUGGGACAGUUUGUUGACGAUAUGGUUGACGACGGCGAGUUCGGUUAUCUGGGGAUCGAAGAAGCCUGGAACAAAGGGCAACCAGUUGAGCAGCUGCGGAAUGAGCAAAAACCAAAAACCACUUCUCCGCGUGACAGAAGGUGGAGCUUGCGCCAGCUGCAGCAGCGGGUUGCGUACUUUCACAUGACCUUCGCUUCGGAAGACCAGUUAUCCUGUUGCGCAAAAGCAUCCCACUAAGAGCAAUUAGCAAUGAUGAACUCUGUAUUAUACAGAUUAGCCUAGCAGUAGCAUGACAGCAGAUGCAAUGAUUUGUAUAGAUCUAUAAAAAUUCUGCUUUAAUACUUUUAGCAAGAAGGCAAAAAUUCAAUAUUGCUAUGCAGCAUAUCUUCUGCAUCAAGUACGAUACUUCUGCAAUUCAUACCUGUACGAGGAGAACCGGGAUCCCAGAACGCGCCACCUCACCGAAGAAGAAGUAAAACUGAUAACGGAUAUGGACAGCUGGGACACAAUACCCCCCAAUCUUAUGGAAAAACUUAAAAUGAAGCUGGAACAAAACCUCACCCCUGAGGGCAUGGAAGAGCUUGAGAAGGAAAAGAAGAAGGCACAAAAGCAAAAAGACGGAAAGAACAGUGGUGGCACAGGCCCAGUGAACAAGGCGGAGCGAAGUACUAUGGAUAAUUCUAGGUCCGUUGAUAGUCCUCCGGGGCCUAGUAAAAUGUUUCGUGGGGAUCGUGUGAAGACGAAGCACGCAAAGACCAAGAAAAGAUCUUCGAAGAAUGUGAAAGCAAGAGGUGGUGGUGGCGGCGCUACUGCGAACAUGAAAAGUGAGCUGUGACAUUCAGUUUUUAACUACAGCCGUCUCAUCCAAAAGGAGUUCAGCGAACGAAGCGGCAAGACAU